UCAAAGCCCGGUAGCCAAAGAAUAAGUAGUAUCGCCACGACGACAAUGCCAUAACCAUAAAAGGUAUUCGGCCCAUGUAUGGUGUAUUACCAACCAACCAACCAACCAACCAACCUACUACAACGACGCGUUGGUAGCCGCCGUUGCCUCUAUCUCUAUGUUGUUGCUGCCUCGCCGCGGCCGGUCGCAUUCGAAUCCACUCCCGAUAGCUGCAGUUCGCCGUUGACGUGCUUCAGCGAGACCCGGAGGCCCCGGAACGCGGCGGUCAGCAUGGUUGGAAAAGCGCACCGCAAGAUCGCUCUUCGUUUUCCAGCGAGUCGUCGACCCCUGACCACCUGGCAUCUGGGCGCCACUUUUUCCCCGUCGGACAACCCUUUGGUGGAAACCGCCACCGCACGCAGGUACCGAUGGACCAAAAUAGGCCCCCUGCGUUUUCACCACCCCCGGGGGCUGAGCGCGCCCUCGCGAGGGGGCGAAACGCGAACAGGUGUGACCUCGCUGAUGUGCCCCACUCCGCUCCUACAAGUCGGUCAACGCGCCAUCGAGUCUGAUGAUGUCGAAAAUCCACGAGCGGAAGAUUUAGAAAGAAGGGGUCGUGGGCGGACAUGCGAGGACAGCCACCGUGGACCGUGGAGCAGUGAGCGCGUACCACGCUGACAGAGGCGCCUGCGAUUCCAUUAACCCCAAGGACAUUCGCGGUUAACACUUCCUCAAACAUUACGAUCGACGGCGACUGUAUCUCUUUUCGCUACGUCCAAUGUACAGUUCUUGACAAAAUUAACGAUACGAAAUAGCAAAUUAGUUAAUUUAGAGUUUUGCCAAUUUUUAUUUUUGUUCCUGCCUCUUACAAUUUUUCCAAAUCAUACGAUUUUUUUGUAUAUUUAGAAAAUUCGAUCGUUAAUUGUGUGACAUACCGUACAUAACUUUUUGGAAUCGAAAUCGUUAACAUUUUGUCUAAAUUUAUCAAAAAUAACAACUGUCUCUAUUUACGUAAGAACUU